AUGGCCUUCGCCAGCUGUAACGUGCUGCUGGCCGUCGCCAGGUCGAGUUUCAGAGGCUCCCAUCUUCUUGUGCACUCCAAUCCUCCAUACUCUCCAGCAGUUGCUUUUGUCCAACUAGUGGAUUCUCAUUUAACCCGGACUUGCGUAAGAGACUCUGAAAACCAGCCAUCGCUGCGCCGCGCACGGUUGGGCGCUGGCCUACCUCACUCACCGGCUAAAGUUGCGCGAACGUUUCACACGUCCGCCUGCUUGCGUCAGGAGCUCCGAGAUCAACCUCCGCCCCACCGAAGUACUGUAAACCAGGGUACUAAGCCUGCUAAAACACCAACAAAACAAGUCAUAGAGACUCCCGUGGGAAAAAAGUCUUUACGCCAAAAAAUUGUGGAUGAACUGAAACAUUAUUACAAUGGAUUCCACUUGCUUUGGAUUGACACUAAGGUGGCUGCCAGGAUGGUGUGGAGGCUGUUACAUGGUCAGGUCCUCACUAGGAGGGAGAGACGAAGGUUGCUGAGAACUUGCGCGGAUCUCUUCCGGCUGGUUCCCUUCCUGGUGUUUGUCAUUGUCCCCUUCAUGGAAUUUCUGUUACCUGUCUUCUUGAAACUCUUCCCUGAAAUGCUGCCCUCGACGUUUGAGACAGAGUCGAAAAAGGAAGAAAAGCAGAAAAAGAAAUUAAAUGCAAAGCUGGAGUUAGCAAAGUUCCUGCAGGAGACCAUUGCAGAGAUGGCCAAAAGGAACAAAGCAGAUACAGGACAAGGAAAACAAUUCUCUUCUUACGUGCACCAGAUUCGGCACACCGGCCAUCAGCCCAGUACCCAAGAGAUCGUACGCUUCUCCAAGCUCUUUGAGGAUGAGCUGACCCUGGAACACUUGGAACGGCCGCAGUUGGUAGCUCUUUGCAAAUUGGUUGAGCUGCAGCCCAUUGGCACCAACAACCUGCUCCGCUUUCAACUUCUGCUGAGACUCAGAACUAUCAAGGCAGAUGAUGAAAUGAUUGCCAAGGAAGGAGUCAAUGGCCUAAGUGUGUCUGAACUGCAGAGCGCAUGCAGAGCCAGAGGAAUGCGAUCAUUGGGUCUCUCGGAGGAGCAACUAAAGGAACAGCUCAGGCAGUGGCUGGAUCUGCAUUUAAAAGAGAACGUUCCACCUUCUCUGCUCCUGCUUUCCCGUGCCUUGUACUUAAUAGAUGUAAAGCCCCAAUCGGUUCCAGUUCCACAAAAUAAGACAGGUGAAACCGCUGAAGUCGUGACAUCUGUUCCUGAAGGUCAAGAGCCCCUGGUGGAUCCUGCCCCCAUUGUACAGGGAAGAAAGAGUGAAGAAUUUGUGUCUCAGCCAACAGAGAAAUCGCCAGUCUCAGAAGUGUCAGUUAAGCCUCCACCGCGAGAGACGACAAUGGAGGCAUCUCAGAGCAGCAAGGCCGGCGCCAACGGAGCCUAG